GGUUUGCACUCACUAACUGUGCUUGUGCUGGUCUCCAUAGCCACCCCCUUACGUCAGGAAGGGAAACCAGUGUAUUUCCUCCCCUUCUUUAUCUAAAGGAAGUGCCAAAAUAAGCAUCAGUAGCGGAGCACCAGAGCUUGGACACCUUUUCCACUGGCCUCACAGUUGGAUUCCGAGUGCAAAGUCAGAGGGGUUUGUGGCCGCAGAAUCACCAUGAAGACUACCGUGGUCCUGGCUCUCCUUCUGCUAGCAUCGGCCUGCAUCUUCACACCAGCAGAUGUUGACGCCUCUACCCCAGCAACUGCACCAUCAGCUGGACCAGCUGUAACACUCAGCUCACAGAAAACAAAUCCAACACCUGGACCAGAUGAUACAGUCAAAGGUAGUGAAAAACCAGGGGCAACAGUUGCGGCAGGUAACGACCUGCAAAUACCAGUGUCAUCAACAGCACCGGGACCACAAAUGCAAGCAGGAACUACGCUUCCAGCAUCAACCUCCACCCCAAAGGCUGUUUCAGCUACAGCAGCUACAGACCACAAGAAUGUGACCGCUCCUCUAUCUCCAACUGCUCCUGGGACAAACAAUGAUACUUUGACAACGGCCAUAUCUUCUCUCCCUCUAAAACCAAGCGGCCACCCUGGAACCCAGAUGAGUCAGACUUCACCUACUUCAGUUUUGUUUGGACUGAAUGGCACCACAGAAAAACCAAACAUAAAGAAAGACACAAGUGCUUCUGCCCAAGGGAACCCUCAGGACAAGGCAGGGACAGCUGACCAGAACGGUGCUGGUUCUCAGACUGGGAGUGAGGAGAAAGUAUCCUCCAAAUCAGACAAAAGGCUGUGGUGGAUUCUGCUUCCCGCCCUCCUGGUUGCAGGUGCUGCUGCCAUCAUCCUCAAAUUCAAGAGCAUGAAGGUCUCCAAUCACACAGAAAACAUUGAAACUGGAACUGAGAACGCAUCUUUCCAGAGCAGACCCGAAAGCACCAAAGACGGUGUCAUGCUCCUCGGAGUGAAGUCAUCAGGCGGAGAAGAAAAUGCUGCUGCCAGAUAAAAAAGAUCGAGAUCACCCAGUGGGUGAGUCACAGCUGUCACCCACGUACUGAUCCAGGAACUGUUUAGAUGUUUGAUCUAUUAUUUUUUUAUUUUUUUUUUUUUUUUGUGAAUUUUGUGAAACAUUUUGCAAAGUAUUGAACAGUGGUGAACACUGGUAAGUAAACUCUCAAACAGUAAGGACUUACAACUGCAUAUCUUAUAUAUACAUUUUCAGUAUGCUGGUGACACAUUGCAAAUUUCUGUCCACACGUUGGGCCACAAGACACAUUUUCUGUACAGUGCACUGACCUCAGAUCCAUCACAUAUUUGAUGUAAUGAAUCACUGUUCAUUCCAUAGUUUUAUCAUUAUCUUUGGGUUAUGCUGUUACUCAUCAUGGAUUUGCCUUAAACUAUUUUGUAGAUUGUGAUUUUUUUUAUUUUUUGUGUGUGCGUGUGCUUGUGUCCUUCAGUAUCACCAGAAGAUGGUAUUAGAAUGGGUUCUUUUGAGGUGUUCUCCAUUUUUACUUUUUACAUUUCGCAGUUAAGUGUUUUUUUUUCUUUUUUAAAAAAAGGUGUGGUUUAAUAUUCCAGUAUACCUCUCCUCUUGCCAACAAUCUUGCCUUGCACGACAAUACUGUACAUUCACCAGGAAUUGUAGCUAAACUGAAACUACUUAGAAAAGUUUUACAGUAAUGGUGUUUUUUUUAUUUUAUAGUUUUUUUUUUCAGUAAAUAUAAAAUUCAAGCACAAUGAACACAUAGAGCAAAUGCAGUGGACUGUAUUUAAAUACAGUGGAACUGCUUUGAGGCUGGAAUUUGUUGUCCAACCUCAAUUUUGUCAAUAAAUCACUACAAAAUGG